GGAGGAAAUGUUGCUAGAACCAAUAACGUGCACAACAUGAAUGUCUGAGGUUAAGCACUGUAGAGAAUUUAUUUAGUUGUCUGCUUUAUUUGUUUGUUGUUGUUGUUGUCGUUCUUGUUUUUUUACUUUCUUACAGUAUUAACCUGAGGAUGUUCUGGACCAUGUUUUCCUAAUGUAAAGAAAUCAGGUCUCUGAAUUUAAUAAAAGAAUUGGUCUAGACUACCAAUUUCUGCUAGAAAAUGACCUGCAAACAUUACAUUUGGGCUCUAAGUUUAUUUUGCAAGACCAUCGUUAAAAGGGACUAACUGGCUUCUUUCAACGCUAUCUAACUGCGUUGUUUUUCCUAUUUUUGACAGUUCUUCCUGACUCCUCUUCAUCUUGCCUGUUGGUAUGGACAAGAGUCUGUUGUUAAACUUUUGUUGAAGCAUGGUGCGAACUUCAACGCUGAAGACAGGGUGAGUUAGUAAAUGUUUUAUAAAUCAAACAAUAUGUUGCAGUGAGAACAUGAACGUCUACAGUCAACGUAAUAGACCAAUUCCGAUAUAUUAAAAUUCAUACUUGGCUGCGAGGCUUGGGGGAAAAAAACAAAAGAAACCAUCUUGAGGCUCAGCAAUAAAUAAUACACUUCUUUUGUUUUAUUCCGCCAAGCCUCGGAGCCAAGUACGAAUUUUAAUAUAUCGAAAAUGGUCUAUUUACAUCAACUAGGCAGCGAACAACCACGGUACCUUUACUUUAACUUGUGAAUAUCUUAUUAUGCAUUUCCUUCAAGGAUUUUCAGAGAUCUUUUUACAACAAUGGUCGGGUUACUUUUGCCAGACUGUUUUUGUGCAGUAGUUUUCAAGUAAUGAAUAGAAGUAAUGAGCUAUGAAUAUCCCCUAAUGUGACUGUGAAUUGGAGAUAGACCACCAUACGGGGGACUACUUCCCUUACUCUGGGUUUUUUAGCGUCGCACAGAGUUUAGUGCAUGUGUAAGGGUUGUGAGACGAAGCUUACGGUUUAUCGUCCUUAUCCGAGAAGACUAGCCAUUUUCUAAAAAAAAUGGUGGUAAGGGCUGAAAUCCGAUUUACAGCUAAAACUAUUGUGAUGUCAUUGUCACGUGAUAUUUAUUCCGAUCGCCCAAAAAUAAUAUAAUAACAAAGUUUAGUUUAUGUGUGAUAUAUGUGCUAAAAUAGCCCGGGACUAGGCUCCGAAGUGAGGGGAAAAGCGAAAAAAAAAAAAAACGGCCAGUGAAGAGAGCGAGGGAUUCUGAAAAAAAAAAAAAGCGGCCAGUGAAGAGAGCGAGGGAUUCUGGGGAGGGAUGAGGAUUGCGAAGCUCCUCGGCCUUUCCCCACUUCGCUCGCCGAUUUUCUUCCUGUUUUCAUCCCGUUUUUUGCCUUUUCCCCCCACUACGGAGCCUGCAUAGUCCCAGGCUAAUGUUAUAAUGGCUUUACAAAGAAGAUCAAUGUAAGUACAAGAGACUCAAAGAUGGAGAUAUACCUGCAAAAAUACUGGUUCCAGCCACUAACACAGGUUUCGUUGUGGUGGUGGCUAACUUAUGUGGACUUACCGUAAAUGACCCAAUAAACGCUCGGGGCGUCUUUUUAAUUUUAGGGGUCCAAACUGUAACAAGCUCAACAAAACUUAUAUGCUUUCGGCGAAAAUAUCAAAAGAGUUCAAAAAUAGCGGAAUAUCCACUCCAUCGUUAGUCUAUCCUUACGUCAAACUUGACUUUGAACAAGAUGAAAUACGCAAAGCCUCGUUAAUCAAGCAAGAAACUGAAUAAUUUAAAUCAUUUGGCACCUUCUUGCCAAUUCCUAGUAUUUUGGAGUCAUUCUCAUAGGGGGCGUCUAUUAGACAGGGGGCGUUUAUUAGAGAGGGACGUCUAAUACAAUUUUAAGAUCGUAGAGCCUGACUCGUCCCCAGUCGUCUCUUAUCAUUUGUAGGCGGUCAUGGAACGGCCUUGGGAGACUAUUACGGCACUUGUCUCCCCUCGCGCAUCUUCCACGCGCAUCCCUCGUUAAUCUUUAAAAUUAGGAGACAAAAAAGACGACUGUGGACGAGUCAGCCGUAGAAGGGGCGUUUAUUAGAUAAGAGGCGUUUAUUACGUCAUUUGCGGUACCGUUAGAACAUUCUCCUUGGUUAAUAGCAAGUGGUAAGUAAUACGUAUUACCCUACUUGUGAUGUUUUUAGUUUCAACGUACACCUCUGCAAAAAGCUGAACGUCAAAACCACCACUCCAUAGUGCAGUUGCUGCGGAAGAAUGAUGCGAGGCUAAGUCUUCAUCAACCGGUAAGAUAUCAGAUUGUAUGACCUUCUUACCAGCCUUGUCUUUCAGAUGAAAUUCGCUUACAUUUGUUGUAUUCUUUGUUUGAUAAUGUGGAACAUCACUGUAGGACCUAUACAUUGUCGUACGAGCUUUUAUCCUAGCUUACAUCGCGGAAACCUUGCUUAUAUUUGUCCUUGUCUACACGAGUAUUAUUUAUAUUCCCAUGGUUCUGACGCCCACCCGGAGAUCAAAGUUCAGUAAAUCCUAUAUUAAACGGACAUCAUAUUAAGCGGAUGAGUGGCUCACUUUAUCUCAAAGUUUGCUUCCCAUAUUUACUGUCUGCUUACUGUAAAACGAAUCCAUUAAUAGCCAACACCAGCAAAGGUCGAGUGUCUGUCCUCUCAAUGAAGGUUUCAUCGUAGAUUCUAUUUCUUGGUUAAUAAAUGGCUAUGGUUCUGUCGUUGCGUUUCAUACACAUGCGUUCUCUGAAUGGUUUUGGACACACUGGGGCUAAGGGUUUAAUAUGCGGCAAUCCCAUGAAUGUUAAGAAAACUACAUUACUCGGUUUGGGAAGUGCAUCUCAACUUUAACGAUCAGUUAUUUAAAGGUCGAUUAGCGCUUAACCCAGGGUUAAAUUUAACCAGGGUUUCUUUUUCUUCUGUUCAAAAGCAUUUCCUCGGAUAAUUUUCUCCGUUAUUUUUAAGAGCAUUCAAUCUUGAACUUGUUGACAAAAAGAAUUAAACUAAAGUUCCUUUUUAAGCCUUCAUAUCUGAAUUUACAUUUCGCACUAACCCUUGGUUAUCUUAACCCAGCUUUGAACAACGCGGCACAGACGUAAAAGCAAAAACGUACUCCCACCGGUAUAUAAAGGUUAAGACAGUUACAUUCCUCGAUCCCGCCCACCCACCUCCAGUGUUUUUGUUGUUGUUGUUGUUGUUGUUGUUGUUGUUGUUGUUGUUGUGUUGCAGGAUUUGCCGAAGGUUAAACAUUUAUUAGAUAGCCUGUGAUAAGCUUUUCAGUGUCAUCUAAAUAAUAUGGGAUGCGGCUGGUGCUGUCGGGACCCAGUGAUUUCGUUCAAAAUAGUUCCAUAUUAGUAGCCGCCAGCAAAAUUCUGUUCUUCAAAUGAAACUAAAUUAGCGGAGACGUUUGUCCUCAACGAUUUUGUUUUAGAAUUCAAGGCCUGCCCUAGUUACACGCAGGAGACAACAAAAAAGUCAACAUCGGUUGGGAGGGUGGAGGAUGGAUCCACAAAGUCUUGUUUUCAAAACAUUUUCCCUAUCUGACAGUUUCAAACUUCUCACAUCAAAUUUGUCGUCCGCUGCAGCCAUUUUCAUUUUUUUGGUCAUAAAUCAUUGUCAUUACUGUCAAACUCAGAAAAGCAUGAACGUUAGAAAUGUUUUGGAAAUGUUUAUUGUCUUAUGUCUAAUCCUGUUGGGGAUAAGGACGAGUUAGCGAGCAGCAAACCACAAAAUAAUUGCCGUCGCUGCUUGCAGCUUACUAGUCCAGUCAAAUUGUGGUUUAACAUCAAAGUAAUUGCAACACAAUUUUUUUCAACGCAAUUUAAUUGUUGGAAGGCUAUUUAACAACAUGCUAAAAAAACCGCCAAAAUCCUAGACUGCAAAACAGUGGGUUUUUUUCUCAAAAUCAGUAAAGAAAUUGGUAAAGCGUGGCGUAAGAGUCUUGAGCGGGCGAAGCGCGCGAGCCUCACACGCCCUUAGGGCGUGUGAGGCGAGAGAAAAAAAACCGACUGUCCGUUUUCUAGCUGGGCCAAGCGUGACAAAACAUUGCAGGAAAAAGUCACAUUCACGGACACAAAGAAAAUCGCUUAAAUAUUAGUCAAAUCCAGGAGGCACUUUGGAGAAAUAAACCAACCUAAAACCCUUAAUCAGCCUCAAUGAAGAGCUUUACAUUUCUAAAAGGGCCAAGAAAGAAAAUGCUCUUACAUCAGAGGGCAAAUCAUGCCGACCAGAGAAAAUCAAUAUGCGUGUCACGACCUCUCAGUAUGAAAUAUAUUUUAAAAAAGACCAAAAUUCACAUUUGCUCAGUCAAAACGUUUUCCUCCAAAGCAAAAUCUACUCAGUCGACAGAGAAAACAAUUCAUUGGAACAAGCAGCAGUUUUGCAUGAGGUAAAAGACGUGUGUUUCCUACCGAUCCCCCUUUUUUAGCCAGGCGAGAUAACAAUGACGGUCGGCCGUUGCACGGAACUUGAAGAACUCUUUGUAUGAACAAUUAAACAUCUUAUAAAUAAGGCUUUUGUCAAAUCCUGUUGGUAGAACACAGAAAACAUCCUUUCCCCUGAGCAGCAACUCCAAAGCUUCCCUCUGCGCCAAUUUUAAAACAAAUCCCAAUUCUCGCCAGCAAAUCCGUCAUUUUACAGCGAAUGCUUUAGCAAUUCAUCACGGUAGGGAAUGUCGCAAAUGACUUGUUGAAAACAUUACUUGACAGCUUGGUGACAGCUUGCAUCGAAAUUUAGCCAAUGGGAAUUGCCCGUGGCUGGGAGAAGCGGGUAAUUCGAACGAAUAUAACGUAUGCAAAACGGACAGUCCGUACUUUUAUCGUCUCUCCCCAGUCUCGCUCUCUGUUUCAGCCUCGUUCCAGACCUUUUGUUUGACUGCUCGCGCGUACUUGAAUACGCAAAAAUACGGACUGUUUUGCAGUCUACCAAAAUCCGUUCGGUGAAACAUGAAAAAAAAAUGGACGGACGAUGGCUUUGUAUCGGUUCAAACUGUCUAGACUAUUCCCAUUUUCUUUAAUCGAGUUUUGUGAGGCAGUUAUGUUCAAACCCUGAAUACAAUAUGAGUGAUCGAAAACUGGGAUUCAAAACAGUGAAACUUGUAUAUUUGAGGAUGUUGGUACAUUAAGAAAGUUUUACAACUCAAUUGUAAAACGCAGUUAAUGGAGCGUGACGCCCUCAAUCGGCAACAUGUAACGCAGUGUUAUGCUAUAGCGCUUAUCAAAUCUCGUAGAAGUUUACUCGUAGUGGGUAAAAGUACUGGGUAGUACGUAAAAUCACUUCUAUCGCUGGGAAAUUACUGAUACAAUAGCAAUCCUUGUUUUUGUUGCAAUUAGGGCCAGUUUCUAAUGUAUCGCUCGUUUUGCAUGGCUAGGAAAAAUAAUUUUCCUCAUGCAUAUCUCGUGGAGCACUUUAGGUGCAAGUUCUAUUCUGAAGUACAGUAUUUUUCAUUGGCUUACCUUGGGAUAGCACUCGGACUAUAAGUGCCUAGUAAAAGUCCUGUGUCUCAUUCCGAGCUGUAUUGCUAAGUUGGAGUACUUCAACCGUCCUAAAGUUUUGUAAUUCCCACCCUUCCCUCCCUUUGGAGGCUUUGUUGUUGUUCUAAUAAACACGGGCUCGCCGCUUUCUUUCGCCCUCUGUUUAAGUCUCACGGCGACUUCCCCAAGCUUUGAUUUUAACGCAAACUUUUAUAUUUUAUUGUAUUCCAGCGCGUGCCGGCGGAGUCGGCUCGUAGUGCUGAUAAGAUAAAGUUCCUAGAACAAAAUAUUUGCCUACACCGUUCCAUUAAGUUGCACGAUGCUGGCCGGAGGUUUCAGCUUGUGGUGCCGUGGAGUGUUAGGCCGUAUUAAGUUUGUUUCUUUUGGACCUACCUGAACUUGUCCGGUCCGGCGCGCGUAUAUUAGCGCCGGGGAGAUAAGUAAGGCUUUAUGGUCACGCUAUGGAUGUCGUCCACCACGCCGAUCGCGGAGCGGUGUUACCCCCAUUACGCCAUAUGUUUGUUGUCUUGUUUUAUUACACUUUAAUUGUAAAGCCUAGCUAAAGGAACUGCGAUAUUAACGAAAAUUAACAUAUAGGUAACAAAAGCCAAAAAAAUUAUCUACCAAUUGCUCAAAGGCCGAUUAGUGCGUAACCCUAGCCUCCCACGCAGACGUUUUUGCUCCCCUAAAAAAGCCUGUGUGGGAGGCUAGCUUAACCCGGGAUUCUUUUCUUUCUUCAAAAACAUUUCUUGGGAUAAUUUUCUCUGUUAUUUUUAAGAGCAUCCAAUCACCAACUUGUUGACAAAAUGAAUUACAUUGAAUUUACUGUUUUAACUAAGCUUUCACAUCUGAAUUCAAACUUCGCACUAACCCUGUCAAAGCCUUCAAUGGAAUGGGUGUGCGGCUCACGUCAAUAACCUUUUCAGUAAUUUGGUCGAGCGUGUUGAUUUCAGUGACUCCAGAGUGGCGCUACUGUGGGCUAGUUUAUAAGUUUUUCCUAAUAACUAACAUAGAGUUAAAGUGUUUGUUUUUCCGGUACCGAAAAUAUCACAAGUCAUGAUCAAAUGGCGCCGCCGAGCUUCACAUCUCGGUAGAUUUACUUUGUGGUGCCGAGCUACACAACGCGGUCGAUUUACUUUGUGACACAACGGCCGCCGAGCUACACAACUCGGUAAAUUUACUUUGUGGCACAACGGCCGCCGAACAAAACCCGGUUUGAUGCAUGCACCAGGAGUCGCAGACAUUUUCCAAAGACAGUGACGAACCAGUGACGAACCAUGCUGAAAAAUAUGAAGGCGUAAUCCAAAGUAAAAUUUAACAGCAAACUUCUGAAGAUGAACGCUUUGGACGAUUCAGCAAACACAGAUCGAUGUCGAUUUACGAAGAUUCAGCAAACUUUUUAAAAGAUGAACGCUUUACGAAGACAGAAGAUCAGACCUCACCAAACCUUUGAAAGAUGAACGCCGAGGACACAAGAAUCACCAAAUGACACAAAUUAGGGGUUGCGUUCUCAGUAGUAUACUAUGUUGAAACUUAACCUUGUUGGUGCGUUCCCUUUGCGUUCCGUGUGCGUUCCCUUAAUUAAUAGGCAUAAGGGUCGAGUCUAUGACGUCACCCAUUGUUUUAUCCUAGAGAAAACAAGACGCUACGGAGAGUACACUUUGGCGUCGUGGUUGUGGAACUGAUUAAUUGUAAAUGCGGAGGAAUAGUAAGAAAUGAAAUGUGGUAAGAGUAAGGUGUUAAUUUGUGAAAUUAUGGGAUUUGUCAGGACAUUCUGAAAAGAGCAACAUCCAAGAGGCCUAUUUGCCAAAAACUAGCAUUUCGGGACAACUUGUCUCUGAGAUACUAGCCCAGUUAUGCUCUGAUAACUCCAUACAAAUCCUUCUAAAUUUGACUUGGGUCUAAAAGUUUAGACCUAGGUCAAAUAUGAGGUUACUGGCGGUGAAUAACAAGUCUAACAAAACAAACAGUGAAAAAAAUAAUUCUCUAUUUUUCUUAGUCACAAGUCCGAAGUUUUUGUCGUAUCGUCAGAGUACAUGACUAAUUUCUAUACAUUCCGUACCCAUUCCUCAGUUAAUGCUUGAGCAUGGAAUUGGCUAAAACUAAAUGUUACGAGUUCGAAUGUUUUGAGGAUAAUUAUUCACUGACUAUCAGCACGCAGGGAUGUCGGAUUAACUCAAGGAAGUUUAAUACCAAAGAAACAUAGCCUUUACAGAGCUGUAAAACACAGCAUCCGCCAACACAAACUUGACUUGAACUUAAGUAAAACUAAACAGCCUCUGCUAAUAAUAACAAACUCUCAUUUGAACUUCAGGUAUCCUACGGCUUCCGCCAGCUUGUAAACACAGAACUUGAAAUUCGACCUUCGUCACACUUGACUAAACACAGCAGUCCAGCUCGUGGGAAAAAACGUAGCUCGUCAAAAGAACUCGCUUGGAACUUGUAUACCGUUUAACAUAAGGUUCUAGAAAAUACUAAACAGGCGAAUAGUAGUAGCUUUUCGACGUAUUUUAUGAUUUCAGUAACGGAUGCAAAUCUGCUGACUCCUGCUGAAAUGUAAACAUGCCGUAAUUAAUUAUUCAUGAAUAAUCCAAAAACGUAGAGAACGUUCGAGAACGUCACGCAACGCAUGAAAGCAAUUUUACUACGUAACACUCAACAGAGACAAAAUGUCUUUGUGUAGCCUUAAUCGUGAAAUGCUUUUCAACAAUAGAAGAGAAAUUUCGUGUCUCUGCGUUGCCACGUAAUAUCCUCUAUUUAUUCCUAAAGUAAAUUAACCCAUUCGCCCCUACACCGCCCGUAACCGCCCGUGCGGAUCCAGGUCCUUUCUACCCAUUGUGGCGUCAUCCGUUUUAACGGUCAAGGACAACUCUCUUCGCUAACUUGUGCAGAGUGAAGAGAUCUUUCUAACCAUACCAGAAUGAGCACAAUUCAGUCAAGGACACCGGAGAAACAAGCAAAAAACCACGUGACAUUGACCUGAAAAUCAGGUACUUUUAGAACAAGGUUUACCCACCUACCUUUCCUUUCACCUAAUCCUAAGAUCCUAAAAGCUUUCCUAAAAACUCUUCCCACCAAAAUCAAGCCUGCUAAAUGCCCAGCAAGAGAAAAAAAAAUGAGGCAAGAAAAGCCAAAAAAGAAGGGAGGAGAGAAAGCAAAAAGUACAAGUCAAGACUGCUGUGUCACUUUUAAACCCAUGCGCAUGCCCGAACUUCGCAAGCUGAUAUUUUGCAUCUGGAUCAGAAAGCCGCGAAGUGAAACGUUGAGACUUCAAUAGUUUUUCAUUUCCUCGAGAUAGAACGGAGAAAACAGUUCUGUAAUAGUCAGACAAAAUUGAAAUAGAGAGUUUUCAGCUCCACUUUGUGUAUAUGUGCGUGUGUUUUGUUUAUAUAUCCGAGUUUUAGCGCUAAAUAAGAAGACGUGAACUUAAUUGAAAUAAAGACUUUUCAACUCCACUUUCUGUAUGUGUUUUGUUUACGUGUCUGAGUUUUAGCGCUAAAUAAGAUAUAGGAAGCCGUUUCGCGCGUUGCUAGGUGAUCGCUUCUCUUAUUCCUAUUUUCCUUUUAAUAGACGGUUUGAAAACCGGGUUCAAGUCACUUAACGGGCAAGCCGAGGCAAGCUUAUUGUUUCUAUUGAAUAAGGGAGACGCUCAUUAGUAAACCUAUACCGAAUUAGUAUGCAGGAAGACACUGACUAGGCACUUAAUUUAAUUUGGAGGAACGCAUUUUUUUCUCUAGGAUAAAACAAUGGGUGACGUCUUAGACUCGACCCUUAUGCCUGUUAAUUAAGGGAACGCACCAACGAGGUUAAGUUUCAACAUAGUAUACCACUGUUCUCGUACCUCGAACGCAACAAAAAUCCAACUAGAUAUAUAUUUUUCACCCAUAAAGCUAACAGAAAUCUGAUAAAAAAUGUUGUAUUUUAAAAGCUAAUAUUUACGUAACGGCUUUCGUUUUUUUUUUUAGAUUUAAAGCCUUACGACUUAAUUUGUCGUAAUUUUAAAGAUAACAGCCCACUCUGUUACUUUGUUAGCCCCCUGCUACUUUGGUGUUCCUUGAGUGGAGCAUAGUCUUUCUGUGCAACAGCCAACUGUGUUUAAUAUUUAUCCUUUUUAAAAAACAAAAAACGUCUUUUUUAUCACCGAAAAUUAGGUAGCAGUUAUUCUUUCUUCUUUAAGUUUUUUACAAGAGUAACAAAGACAUUUUGCGCAUUUCUCGUUUGAACGUUUCAUGUCAACUACCUUGGGUGUCCUGUGUUAACAGCUCAAAAUGUUUAACGCUUAAUUUUGACAUGUUCCACCGAAGGGAAUUUGGCGGAUUUUUAGUAUGUUGCUAGAUAGUCCACCCUUACUUAAAUGGCGCUGAAAACAAUUCUGUUGCAAUUAGUCUGAUGUUGGGCCCCUAAAAUGCCUAGAUUGACUGGACUAAACUUCUCCCACGCUUCUUUGGCUUCUUUCCUCGACACGUAACAUUCCAGAGAUCUUUUUGAUAUUGAUAGUUUUCUAAUAACUAGGAGUAAUCGGAGCUUAGGAGAGUACGUUCGAUAUGUUUGCUUGGCGUACAGGUAGCAGUUGAGGGGAAAGGGUGGAUGGUUCUUGCGAUAGAUAACUAUGAUUAUGGCAUAGUUUGAACGUAAGAGUUGCGUACAGCGAAACCUCGAUUUAAACUGUGUAUCAUGAUAAUGAAAAGGUUUUGAAGGCUAGUGAUCAGCGUGAUAUCGUAUGGUUUGUCUCAGGUGCUUUUUAGUUGAGGAGACACUGGCCAGAGGGCUAGCGCUUCGGGCGUGUAAAAAGAACGUUUUGUUUUACUGGCGCAAUAGAUGUUCUACAGGGCGCAGUUGUUCGAGGGCCGAUCAGCCCUUAACCCCGGUUCCUUUUUCUUUUGUUAAAAAACAUUUCUUUGGAUAAUUUUCUCAGUUAUUUUUAAGAGCGUCCAAUCAUCAACUUGUUGGCAAAAUGAAGCUUUCACAUCAAAUUUCAAGUUCAAAUUUCGCACUAACCCUUCUCGCCUGGGUUAUCUUAACCCAGCUUUGAACCCGGCCUAAGUACUGUUAAAAAGCAAACAGUUGACAAAGUUUUAGAUGUAAUCAUUAAUUUUAUUUAAUAUUGGGAAUUCCACAUGUAGAUAAUUACUGACAUUUACUAUAAAACUCCGGAAACGGUUACUGGCAAGUCUUCUUAACUUGUGAUGGUAUUAAAGAACGACCCAAGACCACAUUUUUGUGGUGAAUGCCGGGGCACAAUGAUUGUGUUUGGAGUAGCACGCAUUUUCCAAAAAAAGUAUGAAGGCUCAAUCCAAAGUAAAAUUCUGCUCAGGGUGUAAACUUUUAGCACACUUUUGAAAGAUGAACGCUUUGGAAGAAUCAUUAAACACAGAUCGAUAGUAGACCUUCAGCAAACUCUUAAAUAUGUACGCUUUACGAAGAUUCAGCACACUUUUAAAAGAUGGACGAUUUACGAAGACAGAAUAGCAGACCUCAGCAAACGUUUGAAAGAUGAAAGCCGAGGACACACGAAUCACCACGUGAGUUAGCGCGUCAAAGUGAGGCAAAACGUAAGCAAGCGCCUCAAAGCGAGGCAAAUGUGUGUCAAUGACGACGACGAAUGCAAUCUCGAAAAAAACCUCCCUUAUUAAUUGCACAGGACACCCAAUAAUGCACAGAACACCCAACACAAAUUAGGGGUUGCGUUCUCAUACCUCGAACGCAAUAAUGAUAAUAAUAAUUUGUGUAAGGCGCACGAUUCCUCAUAAAUAUAAUCAUUUGUGAUUUGUGAAUUUGAUCAUAUUAAGAAUUAUUAACAAAACAGUGCGAAAAACUCACAUUUCUUAUAUUACUGAUGACGCCAUAACCAUAGAAACCAACCACCAUCACAUGUUGUGUUAAAUGUGUCCAUUUGCAAUAAGAAGACAGUGAAUUCCUGUUAAUCUAUUAUCUGCAAUUAGAAUAGUUAAAAAGUGGUAACUGAAUUUCCUCUUUAUUAUUUUCGCUCAAAAUCAUGGUUAUUUUCAUCAUAGGUCUGUCUAAAGAAACUCUCAAGACAAGCUUGCGUGCAAGUGGAUGAACAAUCCGGAUUUAAUCUGCUCCAGGCGGCUGUCUUUGAGGAAAAAUACAGUAUUGUUUUAAAAGCUAGUGGCCUUUUUGGCAACUUUGUAGAAGAGAUGGAACUUACAACAACGGGAAAUAACGCCAAAGAAUUCAUAGGAAAAACUGCACUUGACAUCUUGUCACUUAGAAAGAGAACAAACCCAUUUCAUGUUGAUAUUGAAAGGAUUUAUGAAAAGUUGGCUGAGGACAACAGCAGACUGACUGAGCUGCAGUGGAUUACAUGCCAUGAUGAUGUGGAACAGGCAGUUGAGUUUGUAUUAAAUGAUUGUGUAGAUAUUAAUGCCCCAGGGUCAAACAGUGAUUGCACAGCUUUGCUGCAGGCAAGUCGUUCAUCCUCAAGUCAGUUUAUUGAGACCCUCAUUGAUCUUGGAGCCGACGUAAAUGCCCAAAGGAGAGAAGGCAACGAAACACCACUAAUCUUAGCAGCUGACUGGAACAACUACAUGGCAGCAAGCAUAAUUGUAACGCAUGGAGCUGAUGUAAAUGCCCAUAUUAGUAAUGGGUGCACGCCACUGCACGUUUCAGUCAAUAAAGGUCACGAAAACGUCGUCAGAUUGUUACUUAAACACAACGCAAAUGUAAAUAUUCAAAAUACUAAUGGAUAUACACCCCUUCUCCAGUCUUUCUUAAAAGGAAACGAAAGCCUUUGUAGACUAUUACUUGAACAGAAGGCGGAUGUAAAUAUUCAAAAUAAUAAUGGAUACGUACCCUUGCACUGGUGUGCAUCAAUAGGGAACGAAAAGCUCUGUAGAUUGUUACUUGAACACAACGCAAAUGUAAAUAUUCAAGAUAGUCUUGGAUAUACACCCUUGCACUGGUGUGCCUUAACGGGGAACGAAAGCCUCUGUGGAUUGUUAGUUGAACACAACGCGGAUGUAGAUAUUCAAGAUAAAGGUGGAUAUACACCCUUGCACUGGUGUGCCUCUGAGGGUAACGAAAAUUUCUGUAAAUUGUUACUUGAACACAACCCGAAUGUAAAUAUUCAAGAUAAUCAUGGAUAUACACCCUUGCACUGGAGUACUAGAAAGUGUAACGAAAACCUUUGUAGAUUGAUACUUGAACACAACGGGGAUGUAAAUACCCAAGAUGAAGAUGGAAAAACACCCUUGCACUGGUGUGUCUUAACGGGGAACGAAAGCCUCUGUGGAUUGUUGGUUGAACAAAACGCGGAUGUAAAUAUUCAAGAUAAAGGUGGAUAUACACCCUUGCACUGGUGUGCCUCUGAGAGUAACGAAAAUUUCUGUACAUUGUUACUUGAACAAAACGCGGAUGUGAAUGUUCAAGAUAAUAGGGAACUUAAGAACCACGACGAAGUUCACGACGACGACGUCUGUUGACCGGGAAAGGACUGGAACGAGAACGUCAGUUUCGGCGGGAAAAAGGAAACUUAAGAUGCAGUCGAUCGGUAGGUCGACGACGACGACACUGAAUGUAAACAAACAAGUAGAAGUAGUAGAACUGUGAUGUUCGUUCGCAACAAAGUUUUUUCGCAGAGGCGUCUUUUAAAACGAUGCAAGAUCUUAUUUUAUUAGCCGUACGUCUACUUUCAUUGACGGUGAAGAAUUUUUAGUGUUGUCUGACCUUUUCGAAUGGAAAAAUCUCUGCUUUCCGUGCGAAGAUUAUUCAACUUUCAACCUGAAUGAGAUGACCGAGUCCGAGUGUCUGCCAGAGUUUAGAUUUGGAAAAAGAGACAUUCCGAUGCGAUAGCUGUUUUCCAUAUAAAGUUCAUUUCCUCUAUAUUAAAGAUAUAUGAUUUGCCUUUUCUAAAUACGUACGACUAAAUUUAUCACUUACGAGUUCGCUCGCUCGGCCUCCACAGCUCAGUGUUGUCUUCGAAGUAAACACAAUUUAUCAGUCGAAUUUUCGAUCAACAUCGCUUGUUAGGAGAAAAAAGAAAGGAUACCUGGAUUUACGAGGAUAAAAAAUACAAAGCCCUUGAAAAAUCGCUUAAAAACAGGGAGUUAUACCUACCAAAGCCUGUGGAUUGCAGGACGACGUGAUUCUACUGGGUUUGGCGUCGUCGCCGACACCACGACGACGAAAUUUGCUAAUCGCACUUGCGCAGUGCACGGUAUCUCACUUCCGGUCGUCGUCGACAAAGUCGUCGUCGUGGUUCUUAAGUUCCCUAAUGAUGGAUAUACACCCUUGCACUGGUGUGCCUUUGAGGGUAACGAAAACCUCUGUAGAUUGUUACUUGAACACAACUCGGAUGUAAAUACUCAAGAUGAUGAUGGAUGUACCCCCUUGCACUGGUGUGCCUUUAAGGGCAACGAAAACCUCUGUAGAUUGUUACUUGAACACAACUCGGAUGUAAAUGCUCAAGAUGAUGAUGGAAAUACACCCUUGCACUGUUGUGUCAGAGAGGGUUACGAAAACCUCUGUAGAUUGUUACUUGAACACAACUCGGAUGUAAACAUUCAAGAUGAUGAUGGAUAUACAGCCUUGCACUGGUGUGCCUUUGAAGGUAACGAAAACCUCUGUAGAUUGUUACUUGAACACAACUCGGAUGUAAAUACUCAAGAUGAUGAUGGAUGUACACCCUUGCACUGGUGUGCCUUUAAGGGUAACGAAAACCUCUGUAGAUUGUUACUUGAACGCAACUCGGAUGUGAAUAUUCAAGAUGAUGAUGGAUAUACACCCUUGCACUGGUGUGCCUUUGAGGGUAACGAAAACCUCUGUAGAUUGUUACUUGAACACAACUCGGAUGUAAAUACUCAAGAUGAUGGUGGAUAUAUAUCUUGCACUGGUGUGCCUCUGAGGGUAACGAAAACCUCUGUAGAUUGUUACUUGAACACAACGCGGCUGUAAAUACCCAAGAUGAAGAUGGAAAAACACCCUUGCACUGGUGUGCCUGAUCGGGGAACGAAAGCCUCUGUCGAUUGUUAGUUGAACACAGCGCGGAUAUAGAUAUUCAAGAUAAAGGUGGAUAUACACUCUUGCACUGGGGUGCUUCUGAGGGUAACGAAAAUUUCUGUAGAUUGUUACUUGAACACAACGCGGAUGUAAAUAUUCAAGAUAAUCAUGGAUAUACACCCAUGCACUGGUGUGCCUUAAGGAGGAACGAAAGCCUCUGUGGAUUGUUAGUUGAACACAAGGCCGAUAUAAAUAUUCAAGAUAAAGGUGGAUAUACACCCUUGCACUGGUGUGCCUCUGAGGAUAACGAAAAUUUCUGUAGAUUGUUACUUGAACACAACGUGGAUGUAAAUGUUCAAGAUAAUCAUGGAUAUACACCCUUGCACUGGUGUGCCUUUGAGGGUAACGAAAACCUCUGUAGAUUGUUGCUUGAACACAACUCGGAUGUAAAUACUCAAGAUGAUGAUGGAUGUACACCCUUGCACUGGUGUGCCUUUGAGGGUAACGAAAACCUCUGUAGAUUGUUGCUUCAACACAACUCGGAUGUAAAUGCUCAAGAUGUAGAUGGAUGUACACCCUUGCACUGCUGUGCCUCAAUAGGGAACGUAAACCUCUGUAGAUUGUUACUUGAACACAACGCUGAUGUAAAUACUCAAGAUGAAGAUGGAUAUGCACCCUUGCACUGGAGUACUAAAAGGGGUAACGAAAACCUCUGUAGAUUGUUACUUGAACACAACGCGGAUGUAAAUGCUCAAGAUGAAGAUGGAAAAACACCCUUGCACUGGUGUGCCUUUGAGGGUAACGAAAACCUCUGUAGAUUGUUACUUGAACGCAACGCGGAUGUAAAUACUCAAGAUGAAGAUGGAUAUGCACCUUUGCACUGGAGUACUAAAAGGGGUAACGAAAACCUCUGUAGAUUGUUACUUGAACACAACGCGGAUGUAAAUGCUCAAGAUGAAGAUGGAAAAGCACCCUUGUACUGGUGUGCCUUUGAGGGUAACGAAAACCUCUGUAGAUUGUUACUUGAACGCAACGCGGAUGUAAAUAUUCAAGAUAAUCAUGGAUGUACACCCUUGCACUGGAGUAUUAAAAAGGGCAACGAAAACCUCUGUAGAUUGUUAAUUGAACACAACGCGGAUGUAAAUAUUCAAGAUAAUCAUGGAUAUACGCCCAUGCACUGGUGUGCUAGAAAACGUAACGAAAACCUCUGUAGAUUUUUAGUUGAACACAGCGCGGAUGUAAAUAUUCAAGAUAAUCAUGGAUAUACACCCUUACACUGGUGUGCCUCAAUGGGGAACGAAACCCUCUUUAGAUUAUUAGUUGAACUCAACGCGGAUGUAAAUAUUCAAGAUAAAGAUGGAUAUACACCCUUG